AUGGUCAUCGUUGGCCCAAGACCGGACACUGGCCCAAGACCGGUCAUCAUUGGCCCAAGACCGGUCAUCGUUGGCCCAAGACCGGACACUGGCCCAAGACCGGUCAUCGUUGGCCCAAGACCGGACACUGACCCAAGAGCGGUCAUCGUUGGGUCAAGACCGGUCAUCAUUGGCCCAAGACCGGUCAUCGUUGGCCCAAGACCGGACACUGACCCAAGACCGGACAUCGUUGGGUCAAGACCGGACAUUAUUGACCCAAGAUUGGUCACUGACCCAAGACCGGUCAUCGUUGACCCAAACAAGGUCAACGGCCCAAAUGACCCCAAGGGGACAAGGCCGGAUGUUGGCCCAAGAGCGGUCACCGUUGGGUCAAGAGUGGUCAGCGUUGGGUCAAGAGAGGACAUUGACCCACGAGAGGUCAUCGUUGGCCCAAGACCGGUCAUCGUUGGGCCAAGACCGGUCAUCGUUGACCCAAGAUCGGUCAUUGACCCAAGAGCGGUCAUCGUUGGCCCAAGACCGGUCAUCGUUGGGUCAAGAGUGGACAUUGACCCAAGACCGGUCAUCGUUGGGUCAAGACCAGACAUUGAGCCAAGAUUGGACACCGUUGGGUCAAGAGCGGUCAUCAUUGGGUCAAGAGUGGACAUUGACCCAAGAGAGGUCAUCGUUGGGUCAAGACCGGACAUCAUUGACCCAAGACCGGUCAUCGUUGGGUCAAGAGCGGUCAUUGAGCCAAGACCGGACAUCGUUGGGUCAAGAACGGUCAUCGUUGACCCAAGACCGGUCAUCGUUGGGUCAAGAGUUGACAUUGACCCAAAACAGGUCAUCAUUGGGUCAAGAGAGGACAUUGACCCAAGAGCGGUCAUUGUUGGGUCAAGAGCGGUCAUCGUUGGCCCAAGAUUGGUCACUGACCCAAGACCGGUCAGUGACCCAAGACCGGUCAUCGUUGGCCCAAGACCGGUCAUCGUUGGCCCAGGACCGGUCAUCGUUGGGUCAAGACCAGACAAUGACCCAAGACCGGUCAUCGUUGGCCCAGGACCGGUCAUCGUUGGGUCAAGACCAGACAAUGACCCAAGAGCGGUCAUCGUUGACCCAAGACCGGCCAUCGUUGGCCCAAGAGCGGUCAUUGUUGGGUCAAGACCGGACACCGUUGGGUCAAGACCGGUCAUCGUUGGUUCAAGAGUGGACAUUGACCCAAGAGCGGUCAUCGUUGACCCAACAGCGGUCAUCGUUGGGUCAAGAGCGGUCAUCGUUGGUUCAAGAGUGGACAUUGACCCAAGACCGGCCAUCGUUGGGUCAAGACCGGUCAUCGUUGGCCCAAGAUUGGUCAUUGACCCAAGACCGGUCAUCGUUGACCCAAGACCGGUCAGUGACCCAAGAGCGGUCAUCGUUGACCCAAGACCGGUCAGUGACCCAAGAGCGGUCAUCGUCUGCCCAAAACCGGUCAUCAUUGGGUCAAGACCAGACAAUGACCCAAGAGCGGUCGGCGUUGGGUCAAGAGCGGACAUUGAGCCAAGAUUGGACACCGUUGGGUCAAGAGCAGUCAGUGACCCAAGACUGGUCAUCAUUGGGUCAAGACCAGACAAUGACCCAAGAGCGGUCACCGUUGGGUCAAGAGAGGACAUUGACCCACGAGAGGUCAUCGUUGGCCCAAGAGCGGCCAUCAUUGGGUCAAGACCGGUCAUCAUUGGGUCAAGAGUGGACAUUGACCCAAGACCGGUCAUCGUUGACCCAAGAGCGGUCAUCGCUGGGUCAAGAACAGUCAACUGGUCAUCGUUGGGUCAAGAGUUGACAUUGACCCAAGAUCGGUCAUCGUUGACCCAAGAGCGGUCAUCGUUGGGUCAAGAGCGGUCAUCGUUGGGUCAAGAGCGGUCAUCGUUGGGUCAAGAUCGGUCAUUGACCCAAGAGCGGUCAUCACUGACCCAGGACCGGUCCCCGUUGACCCAGGACGGGUCAUUGUCACCGUUGUCACCAGAGGUGGCACCUUGGGGACCAGGCCGGACGCCGCCCCAGGACCGGACGCCGCCCCCGGUGCCCCCCAGGACGUCGCCGUUGUCACCGGCGGUGGCACCGUGGGGACGAGGGACGGCGCCUUUGAGCCCGGCCAUGUCCCCGAGGCCACCAGAGGUGUCACCAAGGCCACCAGAGACACCCCCAAGGCCACCAGAGGUGUCACCAAAGCCACCAGAGACACCCCCAAGGCCACCAGAGACACCCCCAAGGCCACCAGAAGUGUCACCAAGGCCACCAGAGGUGUCACCAAGGCCACCAGAAGUGUCCCCAAGGCCACCAGAGAUGUCACCAAGGCCUCCAGAUGUGUCCCCAAGGCCAUCAGAGAUGUCACCAAGGCCACCAGAACUGUCCCCAAGGCCACCAGAGAUGCCCCCAAGGCCACCAGAGGUGCCCCCAAGGCCACCAGAGGUGUCACCAAGGACACCAGAACUGUCCCCAAGGCCAUUGGAGAUGUCCCCAAGGCCACCAGAGGUGUCACCAAGGCCACCAGAGACACCCCCAAGGCCACCAGAACUGUCCCCAAGGCCACCAGAGACACCCCCAAGGCCACCAGAGGUGUCCCCAAGGCCACCAGAGAUGCCCCCAAGGCCACCAGAGGUGUCACCAAGGCCACCAGAGACACCCCCAAGGCCACCAGAGGUGUCACCAAGGCCACCAGAGACACCCCCAAGGCCACCAGAGGUGUCACCAAAGCCACCAGAGGUGUCACCAAGGCCACCAGAACUGUCCCCAAGGCCAUUGGAGAUGCCCCCAAGGCCACCAGAGGUGUCACCAAGGCCGCCAGAACUGUCCCCAAGGCCACCAGAAGUGUCCCCAAAGCCACCAGAGAUGCGCCCAAGGCCACCAGAAGCUGGGGACCCCCUUGGGGACACCCCCGGGGACCCCCUGGGUGGCACCACAGGGGGGGGGUGUCCCCAAGUGUCCCCAGAGGGGUCCCCAAGGGGGUCCCCGAUGUCCCCAGAGGGGUCCCCGAUGUCCCCAAGAGGGUCCCCGAUGUCCCCAAGGGGGUCCCCGAUGUUCCAAAUGUCCCCAAAGGUGUCGCUGAUGUCCCCAGAGAGGUCCCAGGUGUCCCCAAAAGUGUCCCCGAGGAGGAGCCCCAAGUCCCCAACGAGGUCCCCAAGGAGGGGCAGGGGGUCCCCGAGGAAACGCCGCCAGGUGGCCCCGAAAAUGUCCCCAAAAAUGUCCCCGAAACGCCCCGAGGUGGCCCCGAAAAUGUCCCCAAAAAUGUCCCCGAGGUCCUCCAGGGGGUCCCCAAAAAGGUCCCCGAAACACCUGGAGGUGUCCCAAAAAAUGUCCCCAAAAAGCCCCGAAAUGUCCCCAAAAUCGUCCCCGAGGAGGCAGCUGGAGAUGGCCCCAAAAUGCCACCAAAUGUCCCCAAAAAUGUCCCCAAAAAGCCUCGAAAUGUCCCCAAAAUCGUCCCCGAGGAGGCAGCUGGGGAUGUCCCCGAAAAUGUCCCCAAAAUGCCACCAAAUGUCCCCAAAAAUGUCCCAAAAAAGCCCCGAAGUGUCCCCAAAAAUGUCCCCAAAAAACCUCGAAAUGUCCCCAGAAAUGGCCCUGAGAGGGUCCCCAGAAACGGCCCAAAAAACAUCCCCAAAAAACCUCGAAAUGGCCCCAAAAAUGUCCCCGAGGGGGCCCCUGGGACAUCCCGAGAUGUCCCCAGAAAUGUCCCCAAAACGCCUCGAAAUGGCCCCAAAAAUGAUCCCAGAAACGUCCCCAAAAAACCUCCAAAUGUCCCCAAAAAUGUCCCCAAAAAACCUCCAAAUGUCCCCAAAAAUGUCCCCAAAAAGCCACGAAAUGUCCCCAAAAAUGUCCCCGAGGGGGUCCCUGGGCCAUCCCGAGAUGUCCCCAAAAAUGUCCCCAAAAAGCCUCAAAAUGACCCCAAAAAACCUCGAAAUGUCCCCAAAAACGUCCCCAAAAACGUCCCCAAAAAACCUCGAAAUGUCCCCAAAAAUGUCCCCAGAAAUGAUCCCAGAAAUGUCCCCAAAAAGCCUCGAAAUGUCCCCAAAAGCGUCCCCAGCAAUGUCCCCGAGGGGGUCCCUGGGCCAUCCCGGGAUGUCCCCAAAAAGCCCCAAAAUGUCCCCAAAUCUGCGCGGCGGGGGUGGGGCGGAGUCCCCAGGUGUGUCCCAGGUGACCCCGGCUGUGUCCCCUCCCCCCCGGGUGACCCCAGGUGUGUCCCAGGUGACCCCGGGGUUGUCCCCAGGUGUGUCUCACCUGUCCCCAGGUGUGUCCCAGGUCACCCCGGAACUGUCCCCAGGUGUGUCCCAGGUGACCCCUGCCCCCCAGGUGUCCCCAGGUGCAUCCCAAGUGACCUCGGGGCUGUCCCCAGGUGUGUCCCCGCCCCCCCAGGUGUCCCCAGGUGUGUCCCAGGUGUCCCCACCCCCCCAGGUGACCUCGGGGCUGUCCCCAGGUGUGUCCCAGGUGUCUCACCUGUCCCCAGCUGUGUCCCAGGUGUCUCACCUGUCCCCAGGUGUGUCCCAGGUGACCUCGGGGCUGUCCCCAGGUGUGUCCUCACCCUCCCAGGUGUCGCCAGGUGUGUCCCAGGUGACCCCAGGUGUGUCCCAGGUCACCCCGGAACUGUCCCCAGGUGUGUCCCAGGUGACCCCUGCCCCCCAGGUGUCCCCAGGUGUGUCCCAGGUGACCCCGGGGCUGUCCCCAGGUGUGUCCCAGGUGUCCCCACCCCCCCAGGUGACCCCGGGGCUGUCCCCAGGUGUGUCCCAACCCCCCCAGGUGUCCCCAGGUGUGCCCCAGGUGACCUCGGGGCUGUCCCCAGGUGUGUCCGAGGUGUCCCCACCCCCCCAGGUGACCCCGGGGCUGUCCCCAGGUGUGUCCCCACCCCCCCAAGUGUCCCCAGGUGUGUCCCAGGUGACCCCGGGGCUGUCCCCAGGUGUGUCCCCACCCCCCCAAGUGUCCCCAGGUGUGUCCCAGGUGACCCCGGGGCUGUCCCCAGGUGUGUCCCAGGUGUCCCCACCCCCCCAGGUGACCUCGGGGCUGUCCCCAGGUGUGUCCCAGGUGUCCCCACCCCCCCAGGUGACCCCGGGGCUGUCCCCAGGUGUGUCCCCUCGUGUGUCCCAGGUGUGCCAGGAGCGCCUCCAGGUGUCGCUCACCGAGGGCGUCUCGCGCCACCUCCUGCGGCCGCGCGCGGGGGGCGUGGCCGGGCCUGGGGGCGUGGCCGCGGCGGGGGGCGUGGCCGGAGGAGGAGGAGGCGGAGCCGAAGGAGCCGCGCGAGGCCCCGCCCCCACCCGGGAGAGCAGCGCCGAGAUCAGAGCCAAGGCCUCCCGCCUCUCGCUGCCGCUGCCGCCUCUGGCCCUGCGGCCGCUCCCGCCGCGCUGGGGCGGCCCCGACGCGGCCCGGGGAGCUCCGGACGAGCCCGACGAGGACGCGGAGGACGCGGAGGAGCCUCCGGAGCCCGAGGGGGCCUCGCCGGGGCCGGUCCCGCUCGUGGUUUCCACCUGGAGCCACCGCGGCCUCCGCGGCCUCCUGAAACCUCCGCGGCGCCCGCCGGAAGUGGGACUGAGCUCCAACCGGAAGCGCAAGGCGGUAUCGUUUUUCGAUGACGUCACCGUGCACCUCUUCGACCAGGAGACGCCGACCAACGAGUUGAGCGGCCAGAGCGCCCCCGAGGGGCCCCCGGCGGCGGCGGUGGCGCCCCCUGACGGCCUGGCCGCCGUGGAGAACUGA